CCGACUCCUCUCCCACAACUAGAGCACCCCCAGGUCAGGACCAGCCUUGCUCCUUGAGAAGGCAGCCAGGCAUGCCGGAAGGGGCCCAGCUUUGAGACCAGUGACCUCUUCAUUCCUGGUGCUUCACUAGAAAACUGGAUUGUAUCAUCCUGUCCAGAAUAAGUCUUUGUAUCACAGUUAAGAUGUUAAAUAGCUUCCCUUUCAUGUCUGUCCUCAUGUCCGGGACUUAUGUGGAAGUUACCUCCAUAGGCCAGGAUGGUGGAAGUCUUAGAUCCCAACUUGAUUUCAACCUUGGUAUGUUAGACACAAGUGUCUAACUCUCGUGUCUUCAAGUGAGAUGUUAAUUUAUAUCUCGUGUAACAGCUCAGACCCAGCAUCCUCCAUCUCAUAUUCCAGUGUCCCUUAGGAUUUUAUUCUCAUCCUCAUGGUUGAAACCAGGUCACUGUCCUUUCCCAGGGAGAACAAGCAGCUGCAUUUUUUUGUUUCCUUUCACAUCCCGCUAGCUAAAACCUAGUCAUAAGCUAUCCCCAGCUAUAAGGAAUACUGGGAAAGCAGCCUUCAGUUGGGGCCACAGUGGAGAGGGUGAGUCUGCCGCCUCCUCGUAAGCCCCUCGUCACGGGAGCAGGAGAGUAAACUGGUUGCUGCGCCGUCAGUGCAGCGCUGAGUGCAAAGGCCAGUGGAACCUAUCACCGAGGCCUCGACAUCCAGCGAAUGAGCCAGGAGUGCGGCUUCCAGAUGGGAGCCAGCUACUCAGUGUCGGGUGGCAGGGCGUUGUGACACAACCCAUAGAAGUUGGCCGGAGGCACCAGCCUCACACUCCCAGUGCCCAGCGGUUCGCCCGGCCCCUCCUGCCGCCUGCCCAGCAGCUUACCCCCUCCCCUCCCACUAUGCUCCAGCCCUGAUGGUUUCAUCCUGUGUUGGCUCCUCCAUGUUGGGCUUUAGCCUAACACCCUGCCCUGUUUCUACAGCCCCAGCUAACUCAUCUUCACCUGAGGCCACCUGGUCAGCAGGGUUACUCCAGCAGAGCCUGAGCUGACGACAGCGGCUCCCAGGUGUGCCGAGGGCUUGGCAUUAGUUAGACUCCACAGGUGAACAAAUGGCCUUCUGAAUUCUGCCAGAGGGCUGGGAGGGAAAGGCCUGGCUACAGUUACAGACUGGAAGGAGACCACAAGCAGUCCUGGAAGGCCAAGUCUGUUGCCAGAGAGAAAAGGAGACAGAGCUUCCCGAGGGAAGCUAGCUCUGAUUUGGGUUCUACAGGAAAAACUAUAAAUUACAGAGAUAAUAAAAGCACCCCAUUCCUCUUUUAAAAUGAACACCAGCAGCUUUGAAUAAAACAUUUUCUAUUUCUAAAUCAGAACUAAGCUAGUUUGUUGAACUUCAUCCUUUUCACUAAACCACAAAGCAAAUGUUCUAAAAAAUGACUAGGUAACCCUACAUAGAGGAACAAAAAUCUGUGUUUCCCAAAACAACUGUGCAUACAACGUACACAUUCAUCUCACGUUUCUGCUAAGUGAAUAAGAUCACACCCACCCCACAGGAUCUGACGCACCCGCCCCUCCUGUGCCAGCCACAAUGCCAGGCCUGACCCCAGCCCUCGCAUUCGCCCUCAGCCCAAAUGCGGAGAUUGGCUAUUAACCCUGCAAACAGGCCUCUGCCCCAGGAGGCUGGUGGCUGGCGCUAGAAGGCUGAGCUGACGCAGACUGAGAGCGGAAGUCUGUUCCUAGGUCCCAGGGCAGCUGGGCCAAAUCCACGCAUAGUCCCCGGUUAAGCACAGGAUGGUGAGGGUUGGAAAUUGGAGAGAAAGUUACCAGCACAGAGGGUGCACUGCCCCCACAGCUGGGGCCCGCUAGGAGGGCAGGAGACCACAUCUAGACAGGCUGGCCUCACACCCACCUCCACCUGGCAUGGCCCAGUCUUCUGUCCAGGCAUGUGGCUGAGGACUAUGGCCCUAGCCCACCUUACAGGCAGACAAGUCCUCAGGAGAAUGGGCCUGGCCUCCCCCAACCUCUCACAGGCUGGGGGGGCUCCCUACUCUUCCACUGAGACCUGAGCUGGGUGGGGCUUGCCCCUGUUCUGGGCCCCUAAUUCCUUUUUGGCUUAGUGAGGGUUUUCUCAGCCUGAGGGCAGAUGGUUGAGAAAGAGCCUAGGGAGUGGGAAGAUGAGACUUGAGGCAGGACCAGGCUGGAGCAGGAAUCCUGUGAUUUGUCUCUGGGAAGACAAGGGCAGGGAUCAUCUGUCUGGUGACUCCAGCAUCUGUCUGGUGACCCCAGCACUUGUGGCUGACACCCUGGAAGGGAAACGGGGCGGGGAGGGGGCUGGUGGCCAGGAGCUGGGGGUGGAGCUGCCUGAUCAAUAAAUCCCAAGCUCUGUCUGGAGUCCUGCCACCACCUGGAGGAGCCACUUUAUCCACAGUUCUCUGGUAAGUGAGCAGGCUGAUCCCCCCAAAAAACUCCUGGAUGGGGCUCCACCCUGGGUGCUUGGCUCACCGUUCCUCUCCCCCUUCCAGUCCUACGAGGAAGCCAGGCCCAACCUCUCUUCCUGGGCUUGCUGCCCCUAGUGUGGGAGGGCAGCACACCCAGCCCACAGACCCCUUGCGUGCUGCCACUGUCCACAGGGACAGCUCUGCCAUGGCUGGCUCCCAACCGGGCCUCCUGCUGCUGCUGCUGCUGCUGCUACUGACCACCCACCCAGGAUCUUCAAGGGCCCAGCACUGGUCCCAUGGAUGGUACCCUGGAGGAAAGCGAGCCUCGGGCUCACCCCAGGACCCCCAACGUGCCCCUAAGCUGCCAGCAGGCAGGCCUGGCCAGGUUACCCACAGCCUCCCAAGCGAUGCCCUGCCCACCCCUGAAAACAGUGUGUCCUGGAAGAGCAGGACCGAGGCCCAGUGGCCCCUCCGCGAGAGGCAGCACCUAAAGCAGACUCUGCCGGUAAGCAGGGGGAGAGGGUGUUUGAGAUGCCCGCCAUAGCAUGCCAUCUGCUCUCUCUCCCUUUUCCAUAAUUCUAGACAGUUUCUAAAAUACUUGUGUUAAAGUAAAAGAUUAGGAGCCACUAGUGGAGUAGAAGUAACUACUAAAACCUCCAUAAACAGACACUGGGCAGAGGUGGGGCCCGCAGGAAAGACCCUCAAGCGUGGGUGGUGGUCACCGCCAAGGCACCAGGAAAGCCUGAGCGGUUGCAGAACUCUCCAAAGCCAGAGCAGAGGCCAGGUGUGGGGAGUUGGCCGCCUGCUAAUUGUCAGGUUGGAUUUCAAAGUGGACCAGGGGAGCACUGUCAGACGGGAAGAAUUAGCAACUUCUCUAAGGCAAGACCUUACCACCUGAUUUAGGCUGAUGGGAGCGCAGGUUUUCAGAUCAAGCUUGUUAUGGGCGGGUAAUGCCCCCUGCCAAGGAGCUAGACAGCCCCCAGCCUGGGUCCUCCAGGAAGCCGGGACCAGUGCGGGGCGCAAUGACCAAGCCCUUCCCCCCUCCACAGACCGGACUCCGAGCACCACGCCCCGUCACCCGCCAAUAAAGAU